AUCUUUAAAUAGAUAUUCUUUUCAAAUAAAUUUGAUGUAAACUUUAGACCUUCUCUAUACAGGGUCAUUUAAAUUGAAAACACUAGACAUGAUUAGGACUUUCUUGAUGUUAUUGCCUUUUCUGCCUUCUACUUCAACUACUGUUCCUCCUUCAGAUCAGCCAAGUUAAGCAAAAUCUUUCAGUUGCAAGAAGCCUAAAAUUUUCUGCCUGAUGUUCAGUUUAGACCUUGAAACUCAAUAAUGAGAGCUGUAAUAAGAUGACGACUAGAAGUUCAAGAGAAAAAGGUUUUCAAGCAAAGCAAGAGGGGGAUGCAGCCUAUGACAACAAACUCGCCAAGGCAGUACCAUCUACUUCUUCAAGGCAAUGGUCAGCAUUUAGGAAUCCAAGAAUUGUGCGAGUUUCGCGUUCUUUUGGAGGAAAAGAUAGGCAUAGCAAGGUCUGCACUGUAAGGGGAUUGAGGGACAGGCGAAUCAGGCUUUCUGUACCCACAGCCAUUCAGUUAUAUGAACUUCAAGAUAGGCUUGGGCUGACUCAGCCUAGCAAGGUAAUAGAUUGGUUGCUUGAUGCCACUAAAAAUGAUAUUGAUAAGCUUCCACCUCUCGUGAUGCCCCAUGGAUUUGGCCAAUUCCAUCCUCAUCAGAUGCUACUUUCUCAUGAGCCAAAUUCAUCUCUUGUUCCUAAUUUAUUUGAUGUGAACUCGGCAUUCAAUAAAGAUGGGGGAUUUUACUCCCUAGGGAUAAAUAUCAAUAGUAGUCUUGAUGGAGAGGAUCACCAAGAAACAGUGGCAAAAUCUAAGUAUUGGGAGGCAGCUGAAGCUUCAUUGAGAUCAGGUAGAAGUAAUGAAGUUGAAAGAAUUGCUGGGAAAGGAAAGUGGAUUAAAACAAAUGAACAAGAAAAUCAAGAUGGGUUUUGCAAUUACAUUGCUACUGAACAAGUCUCAGCUCAAAAGUUCUUUCCUCUAACCAGUAGUAGUCAUUCUUCUUUACCUGGCUUGCCAAACAAUCCCUUGCCCUUCAACCCCUACUACCAUUGGGAUGCUUCAAAUUUAUCCUUAUCUCAUCAAUUUCCAUCCCAUGGAUUUCUACCACAGACAGAAAGUUCCCUCAACGGCAACAAUACUGGUUCAUUGCCAUCAUCAUCAUCAUUACCUUUCUCCUCUGCUUCUCAAUUCUUUUUCUGUCCACCAGCGACAAUGUCAUCACUCUUCCCGCAAUAUCCUCCUUAUGCAACCACCCCCUUGGAGAAUGAGUCGAGGGAAAUCAACCAUGUUCAGUUGUUGAGCUCAGGUUCACAACAUAUCCUGCCAAGUUCUCGUGCAACAAGCCUGCCAAUGAAGAAUCUCUCAUUGAAUGUAAAUCCUUGGUUUGGUCAUUCUCAUCAAAGUAGCAACGCAAGGCAGCCUGAUGAAGAAGAAAAUCCAGAUUCAUAGUGUCUCUCCAUGGCUAUAGUUUAAUAAUUUCAAGCAGCCUAUCUAUAUACUCAGCCAGCAUGGUCUAGGGACAAUUAUUGCGCUGAUAUACUUUAAAUUCUCGGAUUUGGGAUCUAUAUCUUUAUCUCUAUCUUGCUACACUAAAAUUGAAAAUGGUGUCUCAUUUCAUCGCAUUAAGGCCUCAUCAUUGAGGCAAUAUCAGCUGGGGGGUCAAUGCUGGUCUUCGUGAUCAACUGUUUCCUUCUGAUACAAGUAAGACACAAGAUACUUUCUCCAGUGUUAGUUUUAUUUAUAUAUACAGACUUGAUUUGCAGACAGUGAUGUAGACAAGCUAUAAAGUUUGUAAUAUGGCAUUCUCAUACAUUUUGCAUUUUUGGGUUUUAAUUCA